ACUCGACCUCAUCAUUAAUACACUACCCCGUACUCGUCCAGCUCGAACCUACUCAUAUUUAACCACUUCAUUCCCACCUACAUUAAUUCGUUCUGGCUCAACAGCAAUGUCAAACAAAGUUGAUUUGCCGUAUGAGGCGGCAAUGAUAUUCUGGCGAACAAUUACCGGCCUCUUUUUCCGAGAAGUUCGCCCUCGAGGUGCAUUCAAUAUUCCUCGAGAAGGACCCGUCAUACUGGUAGCAGGGCCUCAUCAUAACCAAUUUCUCGAUUUACUGCUUGCGCUGCAAGUUUACCGGGAAACAGGUCGGAAGGUGCGAUUUAUUGUCGCCGCCUCCAGCAUGAAGAGAAAGUUCAUUGGAUUCUUUGGGCGUAUUCUCGACAGCAUCCCUGUCAAACGAGCAGCAGACGAAGCAACGCCUGGCACGGGAUACGUUACCCUGUCUGAUGACGACCCGUGCCUCGUACUCGGACAUGAUACUCGUUUCCUGUCGGAGUUUGCCCCUAAGAUGCAAAUUAUGUUGCCUAAAUCACUAGGCUCUGCGUCAGCGGUGGUACUGGAAGUACUCUCGGAUACUGAAUUGAGGCUGAAGAAGGAAUUUGGGGGAGACGGUAAAGCGACCUCACGAAUACGAGUAGCUUUAAAAGCCGCUCGCGCAGAGGGAAAGCCCGGAUUGAGCUACAGAAAGAUUCCAUUUCUUGAUCAGCAAGAAAUGUACCAUGAUGUAUAUGAGUGUAUGAAGACGAGAGGUUGCCUCGCUAUCUUCCCUGAGGGUGGCAGUCAUGACCGUCCUGAUCUUCUUCCUCUGAAGGCCGGCGUUGCUUUGAUGGCGCUAGGGGCUAUGGCGAAUCACCCUGAAGUCAAAGUCAAAAUUGUUCCGGUUGGAUUGUCAUACUUCCAUGCCCACCGAUUUCGUUCUCGGGCCGUUGUGGAAUUUGGUACUGCUAUGGAUGUACCGAAUGUACUUGUCGAAAUGUUCAAGGAAGGCGGCGCGCGCAAACGAGAUGCCGUCCAACAGUUGUUGAACGAAAUACACAAUGCAUUGAAGACUGUGACAGUCAGAGCUCCCGACUACGAUACACUAAUGCUGAUUCAAGCUGCGCGUCGACUCUACAAAGCUCCGGGGCAACAGCUCACGCUCGGCCAAGUCGUGGAGUUGAACAAACGUUUCCUGGAUGCCUAUUCACAGUUUAAGGACGAACCGAGAGUUGCCGCUCUGCGUGAGGACGUUGUUAAAUACAACCGUCUCUUGCGAGACCUUGGACUGCGCGAUCACCAGGUCCCUCGGGCACAAAAGAGGACAUGGAAGACGCUUGGACUGCUUUCCUACCGACUACUGCUGCUCUCCGUUUGGGGAGUGUUGGCUUUGCCUGGCGUUGUUCUCAACGCGCCAAUUUUCGUCUUAGCUUCAUUGAUAUCAAGAAGGAAAGCUAGGGAGGCUCUUGCCGCAUCUAGUGUCAAAAUUGCAGGCCGAGACGUCCUAGCGACAUGGAAAAUACUAAUAUCGCUUGGCCUCACACCCUUGCUAUACGGCUUCUAUGCCAUACUUGCCACAGUACUAGUAGCGAAGGCGGGAGCACCACUAAAAUGGAGACUCUGGACUCCGUUUCUUGUCAUUGGGGCGUUGCCCAUGAUUGCUUACGCUGCCCUCAAGUUUGGCGAGGCUGGUAUAGAUGUGAUCAAGUCUCUGAGACCGCUCAUAAUUGCUUUGGUUCCAGGCCAGCAACGGCAUUUGGACCGAGCAAAGGCUAUGCGAGAACGCUUAUCAAGGGAAGUCGUCGAUGUUGUCAAUGAGUUUGGUCCCAAACUUUACAGAAAAUUUGAAGAGUGGCAUGUGGCGUCUCCAUUAGCUAGCCCACCUCCCUACGCAGGACCUUUGGGUCGCGGUAAAGGCAAGGCUCGAGGGGAGGCUCAGGGUGUCUUACUAUCCCAUCCUAUGACUUGGCUCGAUGAAAAAGUAUUCGGGUGGAGAAAUGGAAACAGUGAAUAUGCCAGUCGCGCUAUAACACCCAAUGAAUCGGAAGAGGAACCCGACUACGACAAUCUUCUGGCUUCUGCCGAGGACAGACCCCUGGACAGUAGAGAAAGCUCAUAUGCUGAUGUGCAGCGACUACGCAUAACGACCAGUGCAAGCAUGAGCGACCUUCCUUCCUCAAUCGUAGCAAGUGGUGACGUCGAGAUCACAUCUCCUAUUCCCAAUAACCUGCAUAUGCGUCGCGGACACCGAAUUAGACGACACAGUCUGUCUGAGGAUGUACCCGUAAUACGUAUUGCACGUCUUGGCAGGAGGGAAAGUUUCGAGGAAGGCACGGCUGAAAUCAACAAGGAGAUCUUCUUGAAGGAGACGAAAACCCAGCAUGACCAUCAGGAAUGAACACUUCGUACCGGUUUGCUUCACGCAUGCAUACUAUGUUUGUUGACGGUAUUCUCUGGAGACACUAGUGUACGUCAAAAAGUACUCGAGCUUGUACUUUAAUACUUAAUAUUUAAAUCUGUCCGUCCCCUUGGCCGCAGUCAGAACCUCGUAGCCGGUUUCGGUGAUCCUGGAAGCUUGUCAGUAAAAUCACUCUCAAUCUCAUUCCCUGUACUUACAGUAGAGUUUCCUCAAACUGAGCGCUCCGUUUACCGUCUACCGUGACUGCUGUCCAAUCGUCAGGCCAAUGUGCUACGUCCCAAUUGUGUCCAAAGUUGAUCAUCUGUAGGAUUAUCAGUACCAUAGAGCAUAAUGAAUUACUAGUUACCCACAGGCUC